CGACCAAUCCACAAACGUCACCAUCUUUAAUGUACCUUGCUAGGACUGCGGCUACCGGGCAGCCGCAAACACCGCCUUGCAAUUGUGUACCAAUAGUUCUCCCCUUUUGUGCUACUAGCUCUACGUCGUGUAUUUGCAUCUACUUCCUCGUUGUAAUUGAUAUGAACCGGUUGUUUGGUUCUGGAAAAGCCAAAACUACUCCGAAUCUGACAGAUAUAACGGUGAACGUUGAUGAACGAAAUGAAUCAGUCGAGAAGAAAAUUGCCAAGCUCGACGCGGAAAUUGCAUUAAUAUCAAAGCAGAUGAAGAACAUGAGAGAAGGGCCAGCUAAAAACAGCCUCAAACAGAAAGCGCUACGCUUACUACGACAGAAAAAAGCCUACUGUCAUCAAAGCGAACAACUUGCCAACCAAAGCUUUAAUAUAGCCCAAACGGAUUUCGCUAUCAAGUCACUUCAGGACACUAAGUCGGUCGUCAGUGCUAUGGAGGUCGGAAGAAAACAAAUGAAACAGGGAAUGAAAAAAAUAAAUGUUGAUAAAAUAUUUGAUAUGCAAGACGACCUCGCUGAUAUGUUGUCAAUUGCUGAUGAAGUUCAGGAUGCUCUUGCUCAGAAUUUCGCCACACCAGACAUUGAUGAGGGUGAGUUAGAAGAUGAACUGGCGGCUCUUGGGGAGGACUUCGCCCUCGAUAGCGGCUUCUCUGAUCAGGCUUUGGAUGCUCCAUCCGUUCCCAGCACCACUCUUCCAGGUGAAAGCAUUCCCGCCUCUGCAACGGGUUCUCGAUCGACCGUGAACGGUGUCCCGGUUGAUGAAUUCGGAUUACCCCAGAUAUCAUGAACUCAGUUAUUUACUUGGACCCGUAUCACUUGUCCGAAAAAUGGCACAAUAACAAGCCUCACGUGAACCUUUUUCGUGUGAUAGAACAUUCAUGUCAUCGCUUUUCCAUGAACAUGUGCGACUUCGCACAAAUUUAUACAGUUACCUAACAGUUUAUUGUUUCUCUUUCUGAGACAUCCUGUUCAUUUCGGAUUCUGCUAUCCAUUUUCAUCAUUUCUUUUUAACUUACCAUGAUUCACAUCCUACAUCUUUGGCUUGUAGGAACCCGGCAUAUCUAACGUUGACUGAGUUUUUAUAAUACUUCGAAAAUAAAAACAAUUUUAUUACAAAAA